UCCUCACUUCCUCUUCCUCCAAGAAGCCAACAGAGCAUCAACUUCCUCCCCUUCGUCCAUGGCUUCUUCCCUCUCCUCCCUUCUCUCUCACAAUUCUCACUCAUUCUCGCUUUCAAAUACAAACCCUGAUUCUAAGCACAUCUUCACUCGUCGUCCCCUAACCCUAGCUUUCUGUACGAAGAACGAAUCCGACACCACGACCGACACCGACAACGACAACGACAAUAAGAACAACAAUAAGUUUAAAAUUACAUCUCCUCCUUCUGUUUCGGAGAAAAGAUCGUUUGCCGUGGCCACCGGCGAGCUUUUCCUGGGUUUGGCGUCGAGGAUUAUAAAAUACAGUAAUAACAGAAGAAUUUCUCGCAAUUCGGGGCUCUCUCUGUUAGAUAAGGAGACGAAUGGUAGGAGUAGUAUAAAUUUUACUGGAGAUGAUUACAAGGAGAGAAUCGGAAAGGUUAUUGAGGACGAGAUUGAGCCGGAGGUGAUUUGGGAACAGAGGGUUAAGGAUAUCGAGGCGGAGAAGCAACGGCUGGUUGUUACGAGUCCCGGAUUCAGUUUCUCUGCUGCUGGGCUAUUGUUUCCUUACCAUCUUGGGGUCGCUCAGUGCCUCAUUGAGAAGGGUUACAUUAAGGAGACGACACCCUUAGCUGGUUCCUCUGCUGGUGCCAUUGUUGCGGCAGUCAUUGCCUCUGGAGCUAGUAUGCAGGAGGCCUUGAGAGCUACUAAAGUACUGGCUGAAGAUUGCCGGCUUAAAGGGACUGCAUUUCGGCUUGGAGCUGUUCUUCGGGAUGUUCUUGAAAAGUUUCUGCCAGAUGAUGUUCAUAUUAGGUCCAAUGGGAGGGUUCGUGUUGCUGUAACCCAGAUUAUGUGGAGACCUAGGGGUUUGUUGGUGGAUCAGUUUGACUCCAAGGAAGAUCUUAUCAAUGCAGUUUUUACCUCAUCCUUUAUUCCAGGAUAUCUUGCACCAAGACCAGCCACCAUGUUUCGGAAUCGACUCUGUAUUGACGGGGGCCUGACAUUGUUUAUGCCACCCACAUCUGCUGCUCAGACGGUCCGUGUUUGUGCUUUCUCAGCUAGUCGAUUGGGCAUGCAAGGUAUUGGGAUAAGUCCGGACUGCAAUCCUGAGAAUAGAGCUAGCCCAAGAGAGCUUUUCAGUUGGGCACUGAAUCCAGCAGAGGAUCAAGUUCUUGAUAGGCUUUUUGAGUUUGGAUAUUUAGAUGCAUCCGUAUGGGCAGAACAAAACCCGUUGGAUAAAGUAGUUGGGGAUGAUAGUCGGAUGGUUGAAAAUGGGUAUGCAUCAUAGCGUUUGAGAACAGCAACUAUUCCCAGGUUGAAGUAGAUUAAGGUCGUGUGGAUAAACUCUAUAAACUCACGACACUGCUAUCUCCUCUCAUGAUGGGUUGGUCAAUUUUUAUCUAUUGACCAAUAACAUGGGAUGUAAAGGAUUGACUGAAUUUAAGCUCUCUUAUAUAUACAUAUAUAUAACAUUGGUUGAAAAUUGUAGGUAUAUGGGAAAGGGUAGCUUCAAUUUGUUAUGCCAGACUA